AAAGAGGCAACACAAGGUAUUAGAAUUGCUGUAGACAAUUGGCUUUAUCCUAAUGAUAAAGUUUAUAAAGAUAACAUUCGAAAAGAACUUGAAAUCCUCUAUUCAGAAAAAAUAGAAUGA